AUGUGCUUAAUUGGAAAAACCGCGGAUUCGAUAUAUUUGUUUGAAAAUACAUUUCUAAAUCUAUCUAUCUAUCUAUCUAUCUAUCUAUCUAUCUAUCUGUUUCACACUUUUUUUUUAAUUGUAUCUAUCUUUCUGUAUGUUGUUCCCAUUUUGCAUUUUGUUCAUCCGAUCGAAGAACAGAUAUUUUUUCUUAAAUUUCAUUUAUCCUUCGCCCUUUCUUAUUCAUUAUCUGCUUUCUCUCUUUCAUUAGGCUUAGGAUUUUUAUAUCAUUUACUUUUUUUCUUGCCAUUCUUUCUUUGUUAUAUUUCUUCCGCUGGUGGCACUCUUUUUCUUUCUUUCUUUCUUUCUUUCUUUCUUUCUUUCUUUCUUUCUUUCUUUCUUACUAAUUUUCUCAUUAAUUUCCUUUUCAUUCAUUCAUUCAUUCAUUCAUUCUUUCUUUCUUUCUUUUUCUUUCUUUCUUUUUUCUUUCUUUCUUUCUUUUUCUUUCUUUCUUUUUUUCUUUCUUACGUUGUACCACUCUUUCUGUUUUCCUUUUUUUUCUUUUUCAAUAAUUUUCUCAUUAAUUUCCUUUUCAUUCAUUCUUUCUUUCUUUCUUUCUUUCUUUCUUUCUUUCUUUCUUUCUUUCUUUCUUUCUUUCUUACUUUUUCUUUUCAGAUUUUUUUAUGUUGCUUCUUUUUCUUCCUUUCAUUUUCCCUUUAA